CUGCGGUUCUGAUUGGUUAUGACUGGAUUUCUUUCAUAUUUUAUGAAGAAAACACAGUGUUGUCCUUCAUUCUUGAAUUAUUUUGAACGCUUGGGAGCUUCUAUAACAAACUAAGAAGAAAAUGGAUGAAAGGUUGCUGUACGACAACGUGUUUUCCGAGCCAGUGGAUAUCAGUGAUACACCAUGGUCAGUGAACAACUUACUGUUUGAAGAAGACAUCAAGAGCGACUCAGAUGACGACAUAAAAGACCUGUUUAAUUGGGGAGGGAAGAUUGAAGAUGUAGUCUCAACUGCCACAAGCCAAAGAAAAAUCAAAGAUCUUUCUGACGAAGAAAUUAAGAAUCUUCGAGUUCAGGAGCUAAACAAGCUUCUUCGGGGAAUGCCCAGAGAAGAAGCUGCCAAAAUACGGCGCAAGCGUCGUAACCUCAAGAAUCGAGGUUAUGCUUUGACUUGUCGUAGACGUCGGCAACAGUUUCAGGAGGAUCUUUUCAACGAAAAUCAGUUGUUAAAGAAGCAGUUGGAAGAUGACAGAGAGAAGCUUUGCAAGGUAUUAAAAGAGAGAAGUGAAUACAAGAAAAAGUUUCUGCAGCUACAGUCAGAUUGCAGAAAGGAAUUAAUGAUGAAACAUCUUGUUCCCCCAAACUUCUUUCUGGAAUUAGAGAACCUGGCAUGAAACAAUAGUCUACAGGAGCUGGAGACCAACAUUUGUGUCACAAAGUCCAUUGUAGACGAACAAACAGUUGACACUGAGCUGGUCUUGGUAGAGAUCUCAACACCUACAUUAAAACCGGAACUCCGGUUUAAUCGCUGUACGCCACUACUGUAAAAUAACAAAACCUCUUGAUGCAGUUGCGGGGAAGAUUGUUGCUUCAAGUACGUUAGUUCAGUCAAACGAAAGUGUUCUUGUUUUGCUAAUAAACCUUUAUUUCCAUAGCAGUUCUUUGUUGGAAAAAGCUUGAUAUUGUGCUCGCUUCGGCGAUUAUGGAUUAGGAUCAUUAAUAUAAACAAAAAUAAGACGAGACUUGCGACUUCGUACUCAUAUUAUGCUACUUUUGCGACACAAAAACGUACUUGUGAGACUUUCUUUGAUAGCUGUUUGUAUGCUUGGGUGUAGUGCUGUAACCACAAUUUUCUUUUUGUGUGAAAAGCGUCGAAAGCGGAAGUGGUGCACCUUUUCGAAACCGAAACCAGACAAAAUGUCAACAAUUUUUGCCUAAAGGUCUAUUUUUCUUAAUUCAUGACGUUGGUCACACACCAAGACACAAUUUAUUGAAGAUGGAAAAAUAAAAAUGAUUUAGAGAACAA